AAUCGUUAUUUUUUUAAAUCAACAUACAUGCAUUUUAAAUUAAAACUUUUACUUCGCUUUUUGUAUUUCAACGAAUACAAGUUGUGAGAACUAAAUUUGAUGAAUAAUUCAUUUUAUUAUUCUAAGACGAUAAAAUAUAAUUACCUGUAGUUGAUGACAUUAUUCUGUUGGGUGAUCUUAAAAAAUGUGUAAAAAUAUUACGUGUCUAUGAAGUAUUAUUGCUGUGGGAAGAGUUUUGGACGCAUUACCUUUUCUGUAGAAUUUCGUUAGGAUGUAUCAUAUAUGAAACAACAAUAAAAGAGCAUUUUGGAUUGUUUUCCUUUUUAAUUAUUCAUUCAGAUGAGAAACAAUUAAAAUUUUUAAAUGAUAUUAAGUUACGUAACUGAAUUGAAAAAAUCAAAUACUCAACUGAGUAAUACACAACUUCUUAGUGUUUAUCACUGAGUAACGAAAUAUAGCCUAAUGUUUCCUAUGAUUGUGUAAUAUUUCAGAAGGUUUUUUCUUCUGAAAAAUAUUCUCGCAAAUAAAAAAUCAAAUCGCAACAAACUGUGAAGGUUGAAAUGUAGUCGAGUGUUUUAAAUCUCAGAAAGAGCGGGAAAAUUCAGUCUAAACCGAAGUGUAAAGGUAUCAGAGGAUUUCUCACCAAAUGAAUGUUUAGUGACGGCGAACACGGAGCGCUCUUAAUCGGCGAAAUGCUGAACUCUCGCAUGAGGUCCUUCCUCAUACGGGACAUUUUGGGAUCUCUUGAAGAUCAGCAGGAAAUCAGCUCAAAGGAAUGUGACGUUUUACACCAUCAAGAGGCCAAUGCAGCUAGAUGCUCCAAUGGUUAUGAUUCAAAAGAUGACUCGCGGGCCGUUAUCGGUACGUCACCACAGCCACCGUCUCAGCACCAAUCCUACUACGGCAACCAGCGUAGUCCAGCCGAUUACAGCGACGGACGCAGUCCGCAGCCAUCUCAGCCGCACAAGGACGUCGGCGUCUCCGGCGGCAAGGCCAAGAAACCCCGGCGCAGGCGAACCGCCUUCACGCAAGCUCAGCUGGCUUUCCUAGAGCGGAAGUUCCGGUGCCAGAAAUACCUCUCGGUGGCCGAUAGGGGGAGCGUGGCGGAAGCUCUCAGCCUCACCGAGACCCAGGUCAAGACCUGGUACCAGAACAGAAGGACGAAGUGGAAGCGACAAAACAGCCAGCGACUAGAACACUUGCGACAGCAGUCUCAAGGGGUUUCUAAGGAUGUCCCAGGGCCAGUAAUGGGCCCCACUCCACAUCCCCUCGAUGGCCCUCUCGUCUCUGCCACCUACUACGGCGCAUGCGUCGUGCCCACGUCCAGCGCAAGCGCAGCCUGCCUGCUGCCUCCGGGCAUCUUAAGGAAUGUGUAUGUGCCCGGCUAUCAAAUAUGAACUUGAGUACAUAAGUACGAAUUGUACUAAAGCAAAUCACCAGCUCUCCAUGCAUUGAGAAGUGUACAUUUAAUUUAAAGUCAUAACGAAGGAUUGUCUUAUAAAUUUAGUAUUUUUUACCCACACGCAGUUGCUUUCUUCUUUAUGGUUACUACAUUGUGUACUCUAAAAAUAGGGUCAUAAUCGCUCAACAAUGGAAAACGAAGUAUCCA